UCCCAGGAUUCAUCGGCUAUUCAUUGUGCUUAAUGUACAUGUUUCUGCACCGUGCAUUUAGGAGAUCCCAGAGAAGAAUCCAAAACGGCUGCGGGGGAAAGACCACCAAACAUGCCUACAGAAACACUACCGACAGGUAGCAUGGUGAAGCCGGUCAGCCCUGCCGUCACUUUCACGUCCGCCGUUCCUCUCCGCAUCCUGAACAAAGGACCCGACUAUUUUCGCAGGCAGGCGGAGCCUAAUCCAAAAAGACUGAGCGCGGUGGAGAGGCUAGAAGCCGACAAGGCAAAAUACGUCAAGAGCCAGGAGGUCAUCAAUGCCAAGCAGGAGCCUGUGAAGCCGGCAGUGCUGGCAAAGCCACCGGUCUGUCCUGUGGCCAAGCGAGCACUGGGGAGCCCCACCUUGAAAGUCUUCAGCAACAACACGAAGACCGAGAGCGGUGUCCAGAGAGAAAAUCUGAAACUCGAGAUUUUGAAGAACAUCAUCAACAGCUCCGAAGGCUCCAGCUCGGGUUCAGGGUAUAAGCACGGUCCCCGAAACUGGCCGCCCCACAGAGCUGAUUCGACGGAGCUGAACCGACACUCGUUCGCCGAAUCUUUGAAGGUUUACCCCACGCAGGGCCGUAGCAGCCCGCAGGAGAGCAGCUCCAACGUCAGCAGAAGGCUCCUAGAUCAGUCGGCAGAGACUUUCUUGCAUGUCUCUCACAGCUCCUCAGACAUUAGGAAAGUAACUAGUGCAAAGCCCUUAAAAGCAAUACCCUGCAGUAGUUCAGCCCCACCUCUGCCUCCAAAACCCAAAAUCGCUGCCAUCACCACCCUGAAAUCCCCAGAGAUUGAGGCAGUUGAGUCUGGAUGCGGAGUUAGUAGAAGACCCUCCCUACAGCGAUCAAAAUCAGACUUAAGCGACAGAUACUUUCGUGUCGAUGCAGAUGUUGAGCGAUUCUUUAACUACUGCGGACUGGAUCCUGAAGAGCUUGAAAACCUUGGGAUGGAAAACUUUGCAAGGGCUAACUCUGAUAUUAUAUCCCUCAACUUUCGCAGUGCAAGCAUGAUUAGCUCAGACUGUGAACAGUCUCAGGACAGCAACAGUGACCUUAGAAAUGAUGACAGUGCCAAUGACCGUGUGCCAUACGGCAUUUCUGCCAUUGAAAGGAAUGCCAGAAUCAUCAAGUGGUUAUAUAGCAUCAAGCAAGCUAGAGAGUCACAGAAAGUGUCCCAUGUGUGAGAGAAAAUCCACCACAGAAAAAGCAAGGACUGUAUCUUUGUCUGUGAAUAUUCAGUUGUGAAGGGUUGUGAAGUCUACUUGAAGUCUUGUACACUUCUCAAAUCUCUUUGUGUUGCUUGUUGUGCAAUGUUUCCAAGUUGCAUGCCUGUCAACAUGUGAGCUGACCUGGCUUCCACUUGAACAAUAACUAACUACAAAGCCUGGCUGAGCAUACACAUUAUCUGCCAAAAGUUUAAGACAAGAAUCUAAUUAGGGCUUCAGUAUAAUCAAAGUGUUUACAUGGAAAGGUUAUAUGACUUCUUUGGUAUUUAUGUGGUACCUUGUGGAUUUUAUAUGUCACUUUUUGUCUUAAUACAGAUAUUGUCAACUGAUGUUACUAGCUUCUAAGUUGAAACAGAAUCCCUUUGGGGGGGAAGAAAAGCAAAAUUGGCCAAAAUAAGAGGUUUAGGCAUACGACGAUAGGCAAAGCAGCCUUAUCUCUUGUAGAAAGUGCAUUAUUGGCAAAUGUAAAACUGUUUCUAAAAGGCAAAGAAUGUUACGUUCUUAAAUUAUGUAUCGUUGUUAAACUAUAUAUCCCUACUUGUUUAUAUCCCUACUUGUUUCUUUUUUCUAGGGAAGCUCCCUCAGUUUCACAGCAGAAGUAGUCUAGUGAAUCUACUUGACCUCUCAUAAACUAAAUGAGUCUUGCAUUUGGGUUGGUGUAAGCAUUUUAAUGAUUUUGUUUUACCCUGUUGGAAAAGCUUAAAGAAGGUUGGAAUCAACAGAUGAAAACAUUAUAGUGCGGGAUUUUGCGGGUUUGGUUUUUACUCAAGGAUUCCUGGUCUUAAACUUUUGACAGGAAUGAUUAGAUCCUAUAGCUGAUAUUGAAUGCCUUUAUUAGUCAAACACAUUGUGACUACAAACUCCAUGCUGUCUUUUAAUUUUUUUUGUAGACCUAUUUGAACAGUUAAUGAACAAAAAUGGAAACACACAGCCAUAUCAAUAUAAAGCCUCCUAUUCUGAAGUAAAUACACUCAGUAGAUGAACUAUAUCUGAAAAAUUGUGAUUAUGUUGUCUUGCUUAUGUUAUAUCUAAGGCUGUGAAAGUUUGUUACAGCUCUAGGGAAGUGUAGAAACAUGACAGUAUGUAGCUUUUCUUUUUUUUUUUUUUUUUUUUUUUUUUUCCUCCUUAUGAUGGUUAGUGCUGCAGGUCAACGUGUUACAAAUCUUUUGACAAUCUGUGUCUUCCCAGUGGUUUAAUUAACUGUCAUUUCAACUGACAGUGGUGGUGUGGUAGCGGAGAAGUUGAAAGUACAGUGGUCUGCUUCAUUAUUAUUGUAUACAUGCUUUGAAGUAAAUUGCAGCACUACCUUAUACUCCAUCAGCUAAUAGGAAACUUUUUUAUUGUGUAAAUGCUGUAAGACUUUGUAUAUACUUCAGUUGUUACGAAAUCUUUAAAAGGAAGAGUGUUAUGCUAAUAAAUAGCUCCUGGUGCAGGUAUGGUAGGUUUUUUGUUCUUUUUUUUACCCCUCCCAUUCUUAAAACUAUAUCGGGAACUCAAUUGCAGUGUGUUUUAGUGCUGUAGGUGGUCUUGGUUAAAUAAUAGUUCUGGUAAAAGGUUUCUUUUACUAAAGUGCUUUUCAGAAUAUAAUUUUUUAUAAAGUAACUAUAGCAGCAUGAUCUGUCUGAAGAACUAGAAGAGAUUUUCAAGACUCCUAAAAUAGCUUGCUUCUUCCUUACCUAGCAAUGUUACUGUUCCCGUUUAUAGCAUCUGUUCAUAAUGAAUCACCGCAGUCUUCUGAAUUAUUCUUCAGUAGUGCUUAUUUAUAUAUUUGAAUAUUAAAGAUGUUUUACAAAGUCGGGUUCUAUCUUUUCUCUAAGAAGCCUGUAGCCCAACUUCUUACUGAUAGCCACAGUUAAUGCAGGCAAGCCUAGAAGCGGAGCCACGCGGUCAUUUGUUGCCUGUGGAAUUAUCCUACAUCAAGUUUUAUAUAAUUGUUUUCCAAAUGAUUGUUCGUGGGGAGAAAAAAAGCACACAUUCAGUUUCAGGAGGCUACUCUAUGGUUUUUACAGUUGGCUUCACAACCUAAGACUUACAGCAUUCCUAGUUC